UAUUUGUCCACGACAGUCGUGUAGAUGGGUGUAGGUGUAGAUGUGUAGAUAAUAUUUUAUUACCUUUGGAAGUGCUUUGGAACCAUUUUGAAUGAAGCAGUGUAUUAUUUUUAUUUUGUAACUAAAUUAAUUUUGAAAAAAUGGUUUUCAAACCAGUAACUCAUGUGUUAUUUGAUAUGGAUGGAUUAAUACUAAAUACUGAAGACCUUUACACUGUGCUUUUUCAAAAUAUGCUCUCAAAAUAUGGAAAGGAAUAUAGUUAUGAUUUGAAAUUGCGAUUGAUGGGUCGCCAGGCUCACGAAUCUGCGAAAAUCGUUAUAACAGAACUAGACCUUCCUCUGACAGUCGAAGAAUUUUUGGCUGAAAGUAAAAAGGGUGAAAAAAUAUUUGAAGACACAAAAUUACUACCAGGAGCAAGGAGGUUAAUUGAACAUCUUCAUCAGCACAACAUUCCAAUAGCCUUAGCUACAAGUUCUAGUGAGGAAAGUUACCAUUUAAAAGUGGAUAAACAUCAUACAGAGCUAUUUUCAUUGUUUCCUUACAAAACAUUUGGUUGUUCAGACCCUAAUGUGAAACUGGGUAAACCACAUCCAGAUAUAUUCUUGGUAACAGCUGCUAAGUUUCCUGACAAACCUGAUCCUGAGAGAUGUUUAGUAUUUGAAGAUGCAGUAAAUGGUGUAAAAGCAGCAUUGGCAGCAGGCAUGCAAGUAGUAAUGGUGCCAGACCCUCAAAUGGACAGAAAUCUUACAAAAGAAGCAACUCUAGUACUUAAUAGUUUAGAAGAAUUUAAACCUGAACUGUUUGGAUUACCUCCUUUUGGGGACUAGUUUUAAGCAAACAAUAUGUCAUCUUAUUUUUUUGUAUGGCUUUUAAAUUAAGUUUUAAAUUGAGUUUUUUUUAGAAAGGGAAGU